AUGGCACGGCCUGUUUCUAUGGAGACGUCAGUGAUGCCACACACGCUCCCCGGAUCCCACAGGACGCGGGGCUUCCGGAGCCGGUCCCGCCCGGGCCUGAGCAGGCGUACCCGCGAGCCCGGCUCCCGCAGAGGCCGACCGUCCACGGCGUCCUUCCGCUGCCCGACCGCGGUCUCUGCACCUGCCCUGAGGAUGCUGCGGGCCGGAGCCCUCCCCCCCAAGAAGCGCAGCCUGGAGCCCAACCCGCUGGAGAAGGGCAUGCUGCUCCUGCAGAGCGUGGCCGGCCACGGCACGUCGGCUCGGGCCCUCAGCCGCUUCCACGGGAAGAUGGACGGACGCAAGCAAGACGCCAGCGCCGAGGACACCAGCUUCACGGCCGAACUGGAGGAGCUGAGAAAGGUGUUCCUCACAAGGCCUCACUGCCCUCGGUUCAGCACCAGGGCCACGUCCAUGUGUCCUUACGGUUCAGCCAUCUCAGCCGAGUUAUCUGAGGAGUUGCGCGUGGCGCUCGAUUCCUGGAAGGCGACCCAGGACCCGCUCUCCGGCCGGCAGGUGGACGGGUGCCUCCUUCCCUUUAGUAAGAGCGCCUGUGAGUUCAACUACUUGAGGACAAGCGAAUCCCGGAUGGUAAGCCCGGUCCCCAGCAGCCCAGUCCUAGCGCACAGCCAGCUGAGAAAGCGCGUGCCCUGGUACAUCUCCGUCAUCCAUGAGAAGGAUCACUGCCUGCGCACGCUGGGGGAGGAGGUGCAGCGCCUGUCCCAGCUGGAGGCCCUGCUUCGGAAGAAAGACGAGGAGGUCUCGGCCCUCCAGGAGGAGAGGGAGGCCUUGAAGAAGCAGCUGAAAUUCCUCCUCCAAAGCAAAAGCCAAGAGAGAUUGGAGCAGCCCUCAGAGUCUGCACCAAAGCCCUUGGGGAAGCUGAGCAUCCUGAGAACCUUCUUCAGAGACGAGGAGGAGUUGCAGCACAGAAGGCAGCCGCAGGACGAGUGUUCCGCGACCCACAGGGGCAAGGACCUGGAAGUGGAUGGCGGCCAAGAAGACGAGGCCGGAGAAGCAGAGGGCGGAACGGGCAGCGGGGAGGCCGCGCCCGAGGAGGGGGUUGAGGUGGAGGUGGAGCAGCUGGAGGAGGAGGAGGGGCAGGGGGCCGAGGCUCAGUCUAAGAGAAGUUCGAGCUCCCUGGAAGACGCCUUCGAGCGGGAGCUGGUGGCCCAGCUGGAGGAGUACGAGCAGGUGAUCUGGGAGCUCCAGGACGAGCUGCAGGUGACCAGGACCAGAUACUCGCUCGCGACAGGUGCCAUCACGUCCUUACAACGCCGAGUGGGUUUCCAGGAGUCCCGGCUGCGGCAGGUGCACACGGAGAGCGAGGCCCUGCGGAGGGAGCUUCGGGAGCGGGAGGACCAGCUACGCGCCAUGUCCAACAAGUUCUCCAACCUCAGGGAAGACAAGAAACACGAAGAGAUGAUGGGCCUCAUGGAGAAGGACAACUUUCUCCUCCGCCAGCAAGUGGCGAGUCUGCUCUGCAGCUCCGGCCGCGCAGGGGUGGUGCUGGGAUUUGAAGAACAGGAUCCCAUAUCGGAGCCCGUACAUGGCAUGGAACCUUCAAGCCGGGGUGGUGACUCCCCCGCUCCUUCCCUUUGCUCACAGCUCGAAAGACUAAGAAACAACAUCAUGCAGGCCACCUUCAGCACCUCCGGGAUCAAGUCCUUGGCCACUGAGAUCUCUGACAAUGACAUUCUGGAGGCCUUGCAGAGGAUCAUCUCUGAGCGAGCCGACUGCUACAAUCAGCUGAAACAGAAAGGCAUCAGGAUGCCUCCCCUGCACCAGUCGGAGGCCCCUUCCUCCCAGAGCAAGUCCAAGAAGCUGGCCUCCAAGUAGAGCCCGCCUGCCCACGCGCCCCCCGCCCCCCAGACGCUGGGCCCCAGCUCGGGGGCCAUCGUGUGUGGCCCGGUCUUCUCGCUUUAGAAUUAAACCCUGUCCUUGGC